AUACAUUCAACACGACUGCGAAAAUUAGGUUUCGGUAUUUGACGGUCGUCGAGACGAUAUAACGCGAUUAUUGAAGUACCAUACAAUAUAAUUCCGCGUAUGUGAGUGUUAGGUCGGUCGCGUUCGUUGUUUGGGUCGAAAAGCGAAUUAAUUAGAAUGGUUAAUUUUUAGCUUGUUUAUCGCUUAUUGCCUUCUGUUUUGUACAUGGUAAAUCGACUAUACAUAUACGACUACAUACGUAUAUAACAUACCAGUACAGUAGGUAUUUAUAUGUAGCCAAUUCAAACGUGCAAGGAGAAUUUUUCAAACAGCUGAAUUCUCAAAAAUAAGUUUCCCUUUUUAAAAAUCCAGAAAUCUAUUAUUUCAAAAAAAACACUUCCGAAGAUGAUAAAGUUAACAAUCUUGUUUCUAUGUGCAUUAAUUUGCGUACACGUAUUUUUACUCUGUGAUGCCCUGCCUCCUAAACCAAAACCACGCGAUUUCCAGAGAUGGCAUAAUUUCAAGGCUCGGCACAGUAAACUGUACAAAACUGUGGUGGAUGAAAUACGAAGAUUUAAUAUAUUUUUAGAAAAUCAGAUCAAAAUUGCCGAACAUAACAAACGUUAUAAAAAAGGCAAAGAAUCCUACGAACUGGGAACCACUGUGUUUUCAGAUUUGACUGAGGAAGAGUUUUCUAGGAUAUACUUAACGCAUCCCACUAAUCAUACUAGAAGUACCCGUAAAGGAUUUGGCUCCACCCCACAUGUUUUUCCUGAAAGUAUCCCAGAUUCUAAAAAUUGGACUGCAGAAGGAAAAGUAACUCCCGUAAAGGACCAAGGUCCAUGCGGAAGUUGUUGGGCGUUCUCUACGGCGGGAGCAAUAGAAGCACACGUUGCCAUAGCAAGUAAAAAGGUGAAGAUUCUUAGCGAACAAAAUUUAAUAGAUUGCGUGGGUGAACGCGACUGGGUAGAUAACUCUUGUGAAGGCGGUUUGAUGGAAUACGGGUACCAAUACGUGAUGGAAAAUAAAGGAAUUGCAACGAAAUCAUCGUAUCCGUAUCAAGCCGAGCAAGGCGAAUGUCAAUAUAAACCAGACUUCAAAGGAGCCACCAUCAAAGGCUACGAAUCAGUCGAGCCUGAUGAAGAAAUAAUGAAAAAAGUUGUCGGUACAAUUGGUCCAGUCAGCGUUGCCAUUUAUAACGCUAACCUCUUACAACAUUACACAUCAGGCACUUUUUCGAAUCCAAAAUGCGGAUCUACCAUGAGAGCCGGCCAUGCUCUCUUGAUAGUUGGCUACGGUACUGAUGAAACAGGAGACUACUGGUUGUUGAAAAAUUCUUGGUCAGCGUCCUGGGGUAUGAACGGAUAUUUUAAACUGGCUCGUAACAAGGACAUGUGUAAAAUUUCAGGAUACGUUCAUUUCCCAACAGGAGCGAAAGUGGCAUGAUAGAAAUUAUUUCUAUUUGACAAUUUUUCAAACAUGAAUCAUUAGUACUUAUGCGAUAAUAAAUUACUAAUCAAUUUAAUAA